AGGUGCAAAAAAAUAAUUCAAAACCCUUAAAAACACUUUCUCUCUCCUCCCCCCCUAAAAAAAACUUCCAUCUCCCUCUUUUUUUUCUCUCCUCAUUCCCCUUCUUCUUCCGCCUUCUCUUUCAUCUAAUGCAAACCCUAAAACCCUAAUUUACACCUUCCUGUUGUUAGGGUUUUUGGCGUUCUUCAUCGCAGUACGUAAAUUUUGGGCAAACCCCAAAAAAAAAAGUUUGGGUUUUUUUUUUGUUUUCUUCGUGUUUUUUGAAUUUUUCUGUUUUAAUCAGAAAAAAUGGUUACUCUGUUGAAGACUGAAGGUGGGACUCAAGUUUAUGUUUCAGCUAAUGUGGAAAAAACCAUUCAAUCGAUUAAAGAAAUUGUGCGUAAUCACUCUGAUUCUGAAAUUUACAACACUCUAAAAGAAACUAAUAUGGACCCUAAUGAAACCGCCCAGAAAUUAUUGAACCAAGAUCCUUUUCAUGAAGUGAGAAGAAGGCGAGAUAAGAAAAAAGAGAAUGCGGCUUACAAUGGUCACGUUGAACCAAGGAAGCGCACUGAACAUACAGGUCAAGGGUUAAAAUUUCAAGGUUCUGACCGUAAUGCUCACAGAGGGGGCUACAGAAGAACUCCUGUACAUGAUGCAGGAAUAAGCCGGGAGUUCCGUGUUGUGAGAGACAACAGGGUCAAUCAGAACUCUGAUAGAGAAGCUAAGGCGUCAACUCAAGUUUCAUCGUUGGACAAUGCUCAGCAGAGUAAUAAUGUAUCUGAGAGAAGUUCAUCUUUUGUGCCUAACUAUCAGAGACAUUCGAGUGGACGUAAUUUUCAAACUUCUAACGCGGUGCGUGAUUUUCGGCCUAAAAUGGCUCGAGACUUCAAUCAUGACUCUCGAAAUGGACAUUUUGAGAAGAAAUCGGCUGCUGUGGGUUCUGAUUCUCACGUCACAAUGAGGAAGCCAAACGACUCACACUCCCAAUCCGGCAUCACUGUAUCUUCCAAUGCUGUAGGUGUGUAUGCUUCUGCGUCAGAUCCUGUGCAUGUUCCAUCACCUGAUUCUAGAUCCUCUGCGGCUAUUGGGGCUAUUAGGCGUGAAGUAGGGGUUGUUGGCAGUCGCCGACAAUCUUCAGAUAGUAGCUCAAAGCAGUCUUCACUGCAAAGUAUUUCUAAUAAUAAUGCAGGCUUGGGAAGUUCAUCCGCAGCAGAAUCAUUUCAGCAGAUAAAUGCUGUUUCUCAAAAUGACCAAAGUCAUGCUGCUGUUGUUGAAUCUGUAGCGGCCAGCUCUACUGGAAGCAGAUCAAGCAGUCACGUCAGUAAUAGAUUACAUCAACAAUCUGUCCCUCAUCAGAAAGGUGCAUUGCCUGUUAAAGAAUGGAAGCCCAAGACAACCCAGAAGUCCAGUGUGUCAAGUCCAGGUGUGAUCGGAUCACCUGUGAAAUCUGUCUCACAUUUGGCUGUUAACUCCAAGAAUGUUGAGAGCAAAGCAGAGCUGUUGCAAGAUAAUCUCUCUCAAGUAAACUUCCAGGAGAGUCAAAAUGUUAUCAUCGCUCAACACAUUCGGGUUCCUGAGAAUGACCGUUGCAGGCUGACUUUUGGAACUUUUGGUUUGGAAUCAGAGAGUCCUGAGGGCCCUGUGUCUACAUUUCAAGCUGUUGAUAACGUUGAAGAACCAUCGGAGCCAUCUCCCAGCAACCAGCAGAUAAAUUCUGUUGAAGAUCAAGUUCGAAAUUCUGGUUCUAGUAGUCCAUCAGGGGUAUCAUCUGAAAAUCAGUCGCAUGAUAAAAAGGAUUCCUCCGGCGUUUCCAAUGCAGAAGAUUUUAGUGAUAUGGGUUUGGUCCACAACAGCUCAUCUUUAACUGCUCCAAUGUCCCACCAGCACCAAGAGUCUACUGAAUUGCCCAACUUUUCUGCGUAUGAUCAACAACCAGUUUAUGACAUAUCAUAUUUUAGGCCUUCUAUCGAUGAUGCCGUACGUGGAUCUGGUCUGCCAUCUCCGCAGGAGGCUUUAUCAUCACACACUGCCAACAGCAUUCCCUCAUCUUCUGUUGGAAUGAUGCAGCAGCAAGCACCUAUAGCUCAGAUGUAUCCGCAAGUCCAUCUUUCCCAUUAUGCUAAUGUGAUGCCAUAUCGGCAGUAUCUUCCUCCACUCUAUGUUCCACCAAUGGUUCCUGGGUUUUCUGGUAACCCUGGUUAUCCCCACUUGUCAAAUGGAAACAGUUAUGUCUUGAUGCCUGGUGGUAGUUCACAUCUUCCUGCAAACAGCCUUAAGUAUGGAGUUCAACAAUUCAAACCUUUCCCCGUUGGCAGUCCUACAGGCUUUGGCAAUUUGGCAAACCCCUCUGGAUAUGCCAUGAAUGCUCCUGGGGUUGUUGGUGGACCUACGAGUCUUGACGAUUCUUCCCGUAUGAAGUACAAAGAUAACAACAUAUACGUGCCAAAUCCACAGGCUGAAACUUCGGAAGUUUGGAUUCAGAACCACAGGGAGCAUCCUGGGAUGCAAUCAACUCCGUAUUACAACAUGCAGGGGCAGGCAGGUCACCCUGCUGCUGCUUACUUACAGUCCCACACAGGUCAUGCUUCUUUCAACGGAGGUGGUGUAUCACAAUCUUCUCAAAUGCAAUUUCCCGGAAUGUAUCCUCAACCAAAUACAAUUCCCAAUGCUCAUCAUUUGGGUGGUGGUAAUAUCGGAGUUGCUCAAGCAGCCCCAGGUGCACAAGUUGGGGCUUACCAGCAGCCUCAAAUCAGUCAUCUCAACUGGACAACAAACUUCUAAAAAAGCUAAUCAACUCCAUGCUUGUUAAUGUCAGGGAUGGAUAAAUUUAGGUACAGGUUCCAAAUUUUCUUGUUAAUUAUGACCCCCCAACUCUUUUAUCAUUUUUAUUAAAUAGAAUGUGGCGUUCAGCUAUC